UCGACGAAGACUGAUUCUCCGAAAGGACGUAACUGAAGCAACAGGAGAGAUUUUCUGGGCGCAUUUCUCCACCAACUCUCCGGAGAACAAGCAGUUUCUACUACUGGUUGACAUAAAACUCGAGAUCUACAACCGUUCCAGAAAUUCAACCAACACUCCAAGUCCAGCAAAAGAUGAGAAGAAGAUCUAUUAUUCUUAGUCUCUUCUUUGUUUGCUGUCUAGAGGAGAUAGCAAGCACUGCUGGAGAAAUUCAUAAUGCGGCUCAUAUAGGCCAGGAAUCGAAACAAGUCAAGCGACAUAUUGGAAACUUAGCGAAGAACGGCCGAUUACCCCCAAUCCACAAAGGCAAGAAAAACAUGGAAGAACAAAGCCUGCGCGCAUUGGACUCCAAUGUCCACGUUAAAAAGUUUUGGAGAUCUUUACCUACUUCUGUCUCUGCAGAUAUUUUGUAUCCAUUUACUUGGUCUGAUGACUAUAGUUCUUUUUGGAAUUUCAAACAGCUAUCAAGCCCAUUGCUGGCUCACAGCACUCAGUCACCAGCAGAGGUCACUAGUGAUGGAGCUGCGGGAUACGCCAACAGCAGCCCCAGAAUAGUUCUUCGUUCUUCUGAAGACGAAGCUUUGGAGCGUUUUCUGUUGGAGCUUACUGCUAAAGAUGUUUCCAAACCAGCUGAAAAACGAACAUUGCUCAUCUGGCUCGUAAGGGUUGGUUAACAGAUCUCAGAUCCUAUAAACCUCCACCAACCAAUAAUCCUAGAGGCUUUGGUUAUAACUGGAAAAGAGAGAUGCUUCCAUUUGAUGAUACGUUUGUUAAUUUUGAGGAUACAGACACGUCCACUGAGAUGGAAUUUGUAGGAGAUCAAGAAGAAUGUAGUGAGCAGGAUUUAAAAAAUAAUCACAUUUACGAACCUCAAUCAUUGCAUAAGAGAAACAUUGGUGUCCUUGCUCGUUCAGGGAAGCUACCCCGUUGGCACAGUAGCGCCAACUGGUGGGAACUGAAGCGAGACAACUAUAUCGUCCCUCUGCGCCGUUUUUUUCGUUUUGUACCAAAUGACCACUUUUCCAGUAAACAUCAUCCCGCAGAAAUUCAAGAACACACCAGGCGAUGUAAACCAGUUUCGUACGACUCUCGCGAUAACGAGAACAAAAAACUGGUUCCUUUCGAUUGGCUCCAGGAGAAAGAUGGUUUCAGACGAAACGUCGCCAUGUUAGCCCCGAAAAGGGCUCAUACCUCUCAAUAAUGGAAUCUAAUGACCAGUUUUUUUGGGAUCAUCGUGAUAUGAAGUCUAUGAUGAAAGAGAAAAUAUCUAAACCUAUAACCCAAGUAGCAAAUUAUUAAGUAUUAUCAAAAUAAUAUCUAUCAACCUGUAAUGUGUUUGGUCAACUGUACUGAAUGUCAAAUGUGAAUAUAUAUACAUAUAUAUAUAUAUGGCGAGCAAAUAAAAUGAAAAACUAGAAA